ACAGGCGCACACAGGGAGUAUGCAUCCUCUUCUCGAGAUGAGUCCCAUACACGGAGCAAGCAAGGACUCGAUGUCCACACAUGGAACUACACCACACAACAGAUACGCCAACACGCUCCACCUCCUACACCACCACCAGCUGGCAGACUGCUGGAGAGCCCAAUCCACAUGCAGAUGAAAUCACCACUGUUCAAGCCCAGACAGAUGUCAUGGCAUCUGAACGAAUCGAUGCUCUCCAACUCAAUAGUAACGGACCAGAUCAGCCACUAUAUACAAGACUACUUCAGGGACAAUGAGACUGACGAUUUGACCCCACUGACCUGUUGGGAAGCGCACAAGACUGUGUUGCGAGGUCAAAUCAUAGCAAUCUGCGCAACCCGCAAGCAGACGGUGACACAAGAGAUGCACGAACUCAGCAAAGAAAUCGUGACCUUGGAAGCCAGACACAAACGCACUCUACACGCGACAGUCCUCAGAGACCUAUUGGCCAAACAUACCCAACUCACCACGCACCUCAACCGCGCGAUCCAACGCUCAUACCAACACUACAGGCACAUAAUACAUGAACACUUGGACAAAUGCGGGAGACUACUAGCAAACCUCCUAAAGCAACGCAGAUCCCAAUUAUAUAAUUCGAAAAUCAAGGACGCACAACAACGACUCAGACACCUACCGGACCAGAUAUCAACAGCAUUCCACAUCUACUACCAGGAUUUAUGCGGCCUCUAUCGAACCACACUGGAAGUAUCACGACCCCAAAGAGCGCCGACAUCCACAGAUAUCUAG